AUGGCCAACCCACCUCACGGAGGAGUUCUCAAAGAUCUCCUGACUCGAGAUGCCCCUCGACAUGCCGAGCUUGAAGCUGAGGCUGAGAAAUUGCCGGCGGUCAUUCUCACCGAGCGACAAUUGUGUGAUCUGGAACUCAUUAUGAAUGGUGGUUUCUCCCCGCUUGAGGGUUUCAUGAACGAGAAGGACUACAAUGGUGUCGUUGAGAACCUGAGACUCGCGAGCGGUGCUCUCUUCAGCAUGCCCAUCUGCCUGGAUAUCGGGGCCCAGAUAAUUGAGCGCCUCAAGAUCAAGCCAGGGUCUCGGAUUACCCUCCGAGAUUUUCGAGACGAUCGCAACCUUGCCAUUAUUACCGUGGACGACGUCUACAGGCCAGACAAGAAGAAGGAGGCACAGGAAGUCUUUGGAGGAGAUCCAGAACAUCCGGCCAUCAAGUACCUGAUGCAAUCGACCAAAGAGUUCUACGUGGGUGGCAAGAUCGAGGCCGUGAACAAGCUCAAUCACUACGACUAUGUGGCGCUGCGAUACACGCCCUCGGAACUCAGGGUGCACUUUGAGAAGCUUGGGUGGACUCGUGUGGUGGCCUUCCAGACUCGAAACCCCAUGCACCGGGCGCAUCGUGAACUGACUGUCCGCGCCGCCCGUGCGCGUCAGGCCAAUGUGCUCAUCCACCCUGUCGUGGGUCUGACGAAACCUGGUGACAUUGACCACUUCACUCGAGUGCGUGUCUAUGAAGCCCUUAUGCCCCGUUAUCCCAACGGAAUGGCCGUCCUAGGCUUGCUUGGACUUGCCAUGAGAAUGGGAGGCCCUCGCGAGGCCAUUUGGCAUGCUAUCAUCCGAAAGAACCACGGUGCUACCCACUUCAUCAUUGGCCGGGACCACGCAGGUCCUGGCAAGAACAGCUCAGGAAAGGAUUUCUAUGGUCCAUAUGACGCCCAACAUGCGGUCGAGAAAUACCGUGCCGAGUUGGGCAUUGAGGUCGUGGAAUUCCAGAUGAUGACCUAUCUACCAGAUACAGACGAGUACCGACCGAAGGAUCAAGUCCCUGAAGGUGUGAAAACCUUGGACAUCUCUGGCACCGAGUUGCGCAGACGCUUGAGAGUUGGUGCUCCUAUUCCGGAGUGGUUCUCCUACCCGGAAGUUGUGAAAGUAUUGAGGGAGUCGAACCCUCCUCGCGCAAAACAAGGCUUCACCAUCUUUCUGACCGGCUACCAAAAUUCCGGCAAGGACGCCAUCGCACGAGCCCUACAAGUCACAUUCAACGAACAAGGCGGCCGUCCCGUUACCCUCCUUCUGGGUGAGACCGUCCGUCACGAGCUGUCCUCCGAACUGGGCUUCACAAGAGAGGACCGCGACACCAACAUCGCGCGUAUCGCCUUUGUUGCUGCGGAACUGACCAAAGCUGGCGCUGCUGUGAUCGCAGCACCAAUUGCACCCUUUGAGGAAGCCCGCCAGGAAGCUCGGGACACCAUCCAGCAAUAUGGCAGUUUCUUCUUGGUCCACGUCGCGACCAGCCUCGAGUUCUGUGAAAAGACGGAUAAGCGUGGCGUCUAUGCGCGGGCUCGGAGGAACUCGAUCAAGAACUUUACUGGUAUCAACGAUCCGUAUGAGAAGCCCUCGAAUGCAGAUUUGACCGUAGACUGCGAGAAGCAGUCUGUCAGGAGUAUUGUCCACGAAAUUGUGUUGAUGCUGGAGAGCCAGGGCUUCCUGGGCAAUGUGUAG